CCCAUUUUACUCCGGUCUGCAGCAAUAUGUACUUGAAUUAUGGCGACAUUUUGUGCAACUUUCCUUUGAAAAUAGUUGGCAACAGUGGCUUCCAGGUAUCGGAGGUCUUUGGUGUAGAACCAUCUGUCCGGGAUUUUAUGCACCUCCAUCACCCCUUGCGUCGAGAAAUGUGAUCUCGCUCCAUUCCGCUGGAUUUCAGGCUCGGCAGGGAGGUGUACCUGGAGUUUCCUGUCUGUAGCUGGGCUCGUUUUGUCUUUUUCAGUAAAGCUAUCUUGCAGCUUUACUAGAAAUUGGUCAGAGUUGUGUGCCGUGGUCUUACGGUUUCCCAUAGCAUGUUUCCGCGGCUGCGCUUUAGGACGGCAAAAUCCCGAACAGUAGCGGAGGUGCAACGGCCCCCAAAGACUAAGGUAAACAACACAAGCUCCAAUGCCACAACAGAGAAGGAGGAAUUGGAUGAGACUUCUUUUAAGACAGACAAACCACUGCAUUCAGAUGAAAUGGGACAGGCUGUGCGCACAGAGAGAAAUGUAAAGUUUAUUAUGGACCUAAGUGAAGUGUCUGAUGAUAUACUGUUUCUCAUCCUAAUCCAUGUUCCUUUUUGGGAACUGAGGUCAAACUGUAGGCUUGUUUGUAAGCGAUGGAAAGACGUUGUGGACAGCCAAGCACUUUGGAGGGUGAAAUAUGAACAAGUGCUAAGCAAGAAACUCCAGACACGCCUACCAUCCAACACUGACUGGAAGAAUCUGUUUUACAAACUGUUUGCCAGGAACCUUAUCAAGAACCCUUGUGGAGAUGAUGGCUUUGAACACUGGAAUGUCAAUCAUGGUGGUGAUGGUUGGGUGAUUGAACGUCAUCAUGGAGAACUGAAGGAAACUACAUCAUCUAACUGCUUUGUCACCUCAUAUGGGUGGUGUAGCAAGACACAAUGCAUCGACUUGGUUGAAGAAGGAUUUGAAGAGCAUUUCCUUGAUGACUUUCAGCCCGACAUCCUAAUUAAUGACUGGUACGGUUCCCGUCAUGAUUGUGGAGCCAUAUACUUAAUUAAGGUUGACCUUUUAAAUUCUCAAAAGGAGACCAUAAUGACUUUUGAAAAGCCAUUUCCAGAGAUUCCACAGUGGAAUGACAGCUCCUAUCAUAAGGUCCAACAUGUUUUCCGCAGCUAUGGGCCAGGUGUACGCUUUGUUUGCUUCUCACAUAAAGGAAAAGACAAUAAGUUUUGGGCAGGAUACUAUGGAGCUCGGAUUGCCAACAGUACUGUUAAGGUUCUUCCUUAUAAGCGUUAAAAGGAAAUUGUUUAAAAGAAUCUUUAUUUUAAAAAUAUCUUUGUUUCAUGUUGUUCAUAAAAUGUAAUAAUAUGUACUUAUGCUAAUUUGUCAGUCUGAAAUCAUUUUAUAUAUUUACAACAAAUAUUAAAAAUAAUUUAGAGCUUUAUAGCAUUGAAUGAAGGAAGAAUAUGUAUAAAAUAAGAAUGAAACUAAAAUUUAUGCAAGCUAAUAAAUUAAAAGUAAACUCCA